CACACCACUUUCACCAAGGCCGUAAUGUAAUAGUCCUUUAACAUACCUGGUGGUGUGUUGUAACUGGUGACCUUGAUCAUUAAAGAGAGAUUUCCUCCCUGCAGGAAGUGGGUUGAUUCAGUCAGUUGGUGCUCGUUCAGCAACUGACACAGUUUAUGUUCAUAAGACCAGUGUUGCGUGCAUUGCAGACUCUCACCAUGUCCGACAAAUACAACAUUGCAUUUGUGCUUGGUGGUCCUGGAGCAGGGAAAGGCACCCAGUGUUCAAAAAUAGUUGAGGAGUUUGGAUAUGUCCACCUAUCAGCAGGAGAUCUGCUUCGAGAAGAGCGGGCUAAGCUGGGAAGUGAAUUUGGGGAACUUAUCGAAGGUCACAUUAAGAAUGGCACCAUUGUUCCUGUUGAGAUUACUUGCUCUCUACUUGAACGUGCCAUGAAGGAUUCAAAAAAGAAUGAGUUUUUAAUUGAUGGUUUCCCACGUAACCAAGACAAUCUUGAGGGCUGGAAUAAGCAGAUGGGAGAUAAAGUAAACCUGAAAUUUGUCCUGUUCUUCGAAUGUCCUUUGAACGUGUGUACUCAGCGUUGCUUAGAUAGGGGUGCAGCAGGCUCAGGACGAGCUGAUGACAAUAUGGAAUCCCUAAAGAAGCGUUUUAACACCUAUAUGACUGCCACAAUGCCCAUCAUCGAACACUAUGAAUCUUUGGAUCUUGUACGGAAAAUUGAUGCCACCCAAUCACCAGAUGAGGUAUUCGAAGAAGUUAAGAAACUCUUUACUUAAAUCCAAGUUAUGUCAAAACCCAAGUAAGAAGAUUACCAUACCAGCUAAACAUAACACAUUUAGUAGCUAAAAGACAGACAUAGGGAGAAUUUCAGACAAAUUUUUAAGGACCUUGGAGCAUGUAAUUUUUUGUUGUUGUUCACCCAGGUAAGGUUAUUCUGUAUUUUUUACCUAAAUGUUUGAUGCAUCAAACAUUUGUUACCAGAUAUAUUAUUAAUGUUUUAAUACCAGAUAUAUUAUUAAUGUUUUAAUAAGUAACUGGGUGUUUUGAAUGUUUAAACUUAGUGCCUCCUUUCGUGCAUUGUAAAAGGCAUGAUGUUGCACAAUAUGACAUUGAUUUUGACAUUAUCAUCCCAGUAUCACACGACAUCCCCCUUUACCUAAAUUUUUACUAUGAUAUGAUUCAUUAGCUUUUGGGCCCCAACUUAUUCUUUAAAGCAUUAACUCAUGAUCAGUCAGGCCUUAAUUUACCAAGGAUUAUUUAAUACUAUGCAAGAUGUGUGCACUCCCAAUGGGAAUACUCCACUCCUGACUUUACCACUUAGCAUUGCCAAUCCUCUCUCUCUCUCUUAUGUGUCAAACUAAUUCAUUCACUGGUGAGCAGGAGGGAGAGUGAGGAGGUGUGUUGGGGUUGGUGUCUUUUUGUGGGGUGAGACGAAGUACUAAGUGGUGAAGAGGGAAAGAUUACAGUGCAGAAUAACACUUUGACAAUAGGGGUUUUGUCAGCUAAGUGUAAUAGUCUAGCACUAGCCAAAUGAAAAUACUGUACUAUAGUUAGAAUAGGCUGAGAGGGGGCAUUUAUUAGCAAAUGGAUUAUGGAUAUGUUUGAAUCUAUAUGAGAUGGAACUUCCUCAGCUGAAUAAAAUCGUCUGGUGGUAGCCAGAAUAAAGUAGAUAAGAAGACAUCAUACUGAAAGGAUUAAUUAUCAAUCAAAAGAAUCAGGAAGUGGGCACCACAUAUUUAUUGUAAUACUGUACAAACUUGAUGUGAACAAAAGUACACAAGUUCAGUUGGCAGCAGUCAGGUAUAGAAUCAGCAAACCAGUUUAAUUGUGCCAAGCAGUUAGGUUAAAUGGGUAACGAAUAUUGACACUAUUAUUUUUAUCAAAUGAGCAAUUUAUGAUGCAAAGCAUUAUAGCUGUUGCUUAAAGGUCUUAAAAGUAGUAAAGUUUUCUAUGUUGUACACGAGAGGGAACCCUUGACUCCACCUGCCCUGCCUCCCCCACCCAACUCCUACUCUGGGUUGCUGUUAGUGGAAUCACUGCAGACAAUUUACAGGGUAGAAUAAUGUUGUAUCCUCUCGUUUCGAUGAGACAGUUAUGAUGAAAAUACAAAUACAAAUGAUACCCAGUAUUUCAAGCAACGGUCACGACCUUAUGAAGUAAAAUAAUUUUUGUUUCGUAAUCCAUUAUCUGAUAACUGUAUCGCAAAGUCUGACUCACGGCAGGGUGAGCCGAGUAUAGAAUAUAGAGAAAGCAGACAAGUAGUAAAAGGUACAAUUAAAUACUCAGAAUGUAUGGAAAAAGACAUUUAUUCUAAACAAUUAUGCAAACUUUCAUUUACUGUAUUUUGUCAUUCUAUUUCUUCUUUUGUCCUAAAUUAAGUGAUUUUAGAUGUAUAUAAGGACCUAGGCUAUGAUAUAGUGGGAUUUUAAACAUUGUUCUUCAAGUACGGUAUGCACAUAGCAUGUGCUCUGACUUAAUACAAAUCCGACUUAAGAAUCUCCUCAGGAACGGAACCCAUUCGUAACCCUGGGACCAUUCAAAUUUCCGGUCUCCUGCCAGCUAUGGAUCCACUGAUCGACCUGAGCACAGUGUGCUGCAAAAUCCCCAGCCAUUGAACAAUGGCCUGGUUAUUAAGGUCCUCUUUGUGGAGAAUGGUGAUGCGAUCGCGUUGACUUAGAAGGUUGUGUUGAUGGUUCAUAACGAUGAGUGUUGGAGGUCGAGAGUGACCAUGUAAUUCCUUGGGGCCACCAUGUCACCUCGGUUAGAGGUGAUUGGCUGUUCUAUAUUCUGUGAUUGGCUCACGCUGACGUGAGCUGCCUCUGAUCGUUGCUUGAAAUACUGGGUAUCACUCGUAUUUGUAUUUUCAUCAUAACUGUCUCAUCGAAGUGAGAGGAUACAACAUUAUUCUACCCUGUGAAUUGUCUGCAGUGAUUCCAUUACCAGAGUAGGAAUUGGGUGGUGGAAGCAGGGAGCAUCUUUGUCCAAGGUUGCUAUCGCAUCCAGUGUAUAAUAUAGAACUUUAUUAUUUAACAUCUUUGAACAACAAAUUGCACAUUUAAUAAUGAUAAUAAUGAUGAUAACAGUAAUGUAAUUUUUUAUCCAUUCAACCUCAGUUUGACACAACUGAAAUGUAUGGUUUGCCGAGUCUAUACUGGACUGCUGCCAACUGAACUAUUUUUGUUCACAUCAAGUUUGUAUUACAAUAAAUGUGGUGCCCACUUCCCGAAUGUUUUGAUUGAUAUAUAAUUAAUCCCUUCAGUACAACGUCUUAUCUAAAUUUUAGCUACCACCAGAGGAUUUUAUUCGGGAAAGUUCCAUCUCGUAGUCCAUUUGCUCAGAAAUGCCUGCUUACGCAAGGAACACCUUACCUAGAACAUGUAUUCAUCCCCUCUCAUCCUAUUGUAAAUUUAGUAUUUUCAUCUGGCUGGCAUUAUGCGAUUACACUCAGUUGCAGAAGCCCUGUUGGUAUUGUCAAAGUGUUAUUCUGAAGUGUAAUCUCUCCUAACUGAUAUACUUGUACACUUUCAGUCCUCACCCCCAGUAUCCCCCCCCCCCACACACACACACACACAACAGAAAGAAAACCUACCCCAACACACCCAACACCUCCCUCCCGCUCACUAGCAAAAGCUUCAAAUUUACACUUCAGAGCUCAGGGUUUAUACGCCAGGGAGAGAGAGGAUUGGCAAUGCUGAGUGGUAAAGUCAGGAGUGGAGCCAAAUGUACCUUAUCUGCUAGGGUUGGAAGAGUGUCAUGGAAAGUUAGCAAUACAGGUAUUAUCUGAAAACUUUUAACUGUACACAUUCACAGAAGCAACUCAUUACACUUCCUAUUUUAGAUAUUUCCCAUUCAGUGCUAAUGAACUAACACUCACUAAUGCCUUCAUGUUACACACACCACUAGCCUAUGAGGAUCCUUGAGAGAGCACAUGACUUUUUUGUCAAUAUGGCAACUUGCAGAACUUCUGCUUAAAAAAAAUUCUUUUACGUCCCAGACGAACACUAAGUGGAACUAGAUUCUUAGUAAUUUUCCUGUAUCAUAUAUCUGUUUACCUCUAUUGGUUCAAAACUACUUGCUUUGAGUGUCUGUAGCUGGGGAUGCCUUGCUGAGUAAAAUUCGACAGUGACACUUGUCUGAUCUUUCCCUGUACUGUUUAUUUGUUAAAAUAGAUUUCUUCAUCAUGAAGAAUGUUUCCCCAUCACCAAAAAUGUAUGCUUUGGCUUACAAUGUUCCCCAUCUUGAUGAAAGCAGACCAUACACAAUAGUAUUAUACAUGUACAGUAUAUGUCACCACAUCUCCAUUAAUUUUAUUCAUUCCUAAACUGUCAGAUCAUCAUUUCGUUAUAUUGUAGCUAUCACUGUUAAUAAGUUUAAGGGCCUUUAUUGUUAAACCUACAUAUUCAUGUGUACUGUAAUAUGGACAAACCAUGAACUUGACUUAUCAUGUCUCAUUAAGAAAUUAUAUAAAUGUUUUGAUCAAGAGUUGUUUAUUGUUGUAAAGUUGUAGUAGAAAUGAAAGAAGCGUUUCUGCAGCAGUUUGAUGCAAGUCUUCAAGGUGACAAAGAUUGACUGCAUAGAAACUAGUUGCUUUUUCACAGCUUCUCUUGUGGCCUAUACUAACUAGUACUGUACUGUAGUGCGUACAUCUAUGUACUUUGUUUUUGAGCUAAUUUCCAAAAAGUGUUUUAUGAAAGUCCUGUAAACCUUAAGUUUGUAUAUCUAACCUUAUUUAGCUUCAGAAUGGGUACAUAACUGUGGAGUUGGGAAAUGAAAGAGUGCAGUGCUGCCACACAUUCUCCUUGUGUACCAAAGGUUUGGUGUACAGGGUGCUGUAUCCACAUUGCCCUUAAUGGGCUGUCAGGUUCAUGGGACCCACUUUCACUACUUGAUUAUGACCUCACAUAUACCAGUCAGGGAGAUGGAAUGAAUUUUAAAAUUUGCAAUGAAUUGUUUUCUGACCAUUAAAUGUGGAGAAUUUGUUUCAUGAUUUUUUUUAGUUUAGUCAUUAAUGUUGGUAUUUAGAAUACAGGUAAUAAGAUAUUGUUGUGUUUUUUUAACUUAUUUAUUCAUGAGAUUAGUACUAUGUCAUGAUUUUGUUGAACAUUUACAACUACAAGUUAAUAAAGAUGUUCCAAAAUGA